AUGCGCCGACGUGUCGUGCAGAAGGACUUUGCACAGACGAUCCCCUCGGAGCAGCUGUGCUUUUUUCCCGAGGAUAGAGCGGGAGGAAAGGCGCUCCCGACAGAACGAGGCCCGUCGCCUCGGCAAUGCGCCCCUCGCCUCGCAGAGGAAGGGCGACGCGGGGCGGACGCUUUCGAGUCGUCGUGGGGAGGAGGCGCGGUGGGGGUGCACGUACCGUCCCAGGGCGACGAAGGCUGCGGGCAAAAGCCUCCCCGCGGGGGGCGCCGCCACGCUGCCCACGGGUGGCGCGUGGCCGUGGCGUCGGUUCGGCGAGGAGGAGGGGGCAUGUAG